AUGGACGAGUCGCCUCGGUGGCUGGCCGUGCGGGGGCAGCACCGGCGCGCCCUCCGAGUGCUGCAGAGGGCCGCCAGGUGGAACGGAGUCACCCUCCCCCCCGAGGACGAACUUCUGCUCCUGCUCAAAGACGGGGUCAAGGAUGAGGCAAGGGAACGCCCAUAUCAAGACGCUCACGCCCACGGCCCGAAAGGGUGGUUCAGAAGGCGUUUGGAUGAAGCAUUUAUUCUUUUCAGAACGCCCCGCCUUCGCACCAUCACACUGAGCCUGUACAGCAACUACCUGCUGGUGGGCGCCGUGUACUUCGGCCUCUCCCUCAGCGGCGGCGACCUCAGCUCCGACCCGUUCCUGUACAUGGCGCUGACGGGGGUGGUGGAGCUGCCGGCCUACACGCUGGUCAUCCCCCUGGUGGCUCGCUACGGCAGGAGGACUCCCGUCGUCGCCUUCUUCUUCAUGGGCGCCGUGGCUCUUCUGGCGUUGCCCUUCGUACCUGCGGGCACUGGGGAAUCGAUGACUUUAGCCCUUAUGGGGAAGAUGAGCAUUGCCUCGGCCUUCCAGAUCCUCGACUUCUACUCCUCAGAGCUCUUUCCCACGGAGGUCAGGACGAGGGGCAUGAGUACUGCCCUUGUUAUGUCGAGGGUAGGGUCCACCUGUUCGCCUUUCAUCACGGACUACCUGGGCCCCUUGUACCCGUGGGCGCCGUCAGCUGUGUUCGGGGCGGCGUCGGUGUUGGCGGGACUGGCAACCCUCGCCCUGCCGGAGACGCUGCACGUGCCUCUCCCGGACACCAUCGCGCAUCUGGAGGAGAGGGAGAUCAGGACCAGCGGUUUCCUGCGACUCCCUGUUCGCGACCCGAGAAUUCCUUCCAUUUACGUCAGUCAAGUGGAUUAGGGAUUUCAGUCCAAGAUGCAUGACUUUCUGAAAUGCUUUGUAUAUGUUGGAAUAGUUUCGAUGGCGCCUCCAAUUCAAAUUAAAAUGAUGUAGUUAUAACUGAUAACACUGAUAACAAACGACAUAAUGGGUGAGUCACAAUGGAAUUUGUAUAUAUUUUUCCCGGAUACCACUCUUAAUUACAAAUGAAUUUAUAUGAUAUGAUGAUUAUGCGCGACAUGUACUUUAACAAUACCUCUUGACCUGUUUCCUGAUUGCCUCAUUCUGGUGUGUAAUUAGUAAUAAGCAAUUACCCCCAUUCAUUAUAAUUAUCUUGAAAUGUAAGGUAUGUAAAUAUAUAUUAAAUUGUCAGAUAAAGAAUGGUGGGUGGAAGUAGAGGAAACAGUAAUUAAGUAACAAUAAUAUUAAUGAUAAUAAUAAUGGUGAUAAUAAUGAUGACGAUGAUAAUGACAAUAUCAGAAGACAAAAGAAAAAGUGCAAAUUGCUUUAUUCUUUCAAAAUCAUUCUCUCUCAUCCUAACGUUACGAAUCACUGUGAAUCACUUUCAACUGUAAACAUUAAUACCACAUUGUCGUAUAAAAAUGUAUUACAGUAAGAUAAUAUACAAAUAUUCUUACCAAGAAAAUAAACAUUAUGUGCAUUUUA